GGGCUGGUCCCUGCGGUGGGGCGGGGCGGCGCCGGGCACAGGAAGCGGAAAGCGGCGGCGCUAGCAACUGCAGCAGCUGGGCUGGUACCGGGAGCAGCAUGGAGCGGCCGCGAGAGGUUGGUAUUGAAGAUUAAGGCACCUGCUCUUCCCUCCUUAGAGUUUCUUUAGGUGGAAAGUCAUUGGCUGCCUGAUGUUUUGGAGCUACUCAUGAUUGGGACGCUGAGAGUAUCCAGGAAAGUACUUUCUCUGAGGACCCCACCUCAGUAGCAACAGCUGCUCACCCUCUAAGGAAGGCAAUCAGUGCCCCUCCCAGCGGGGGGCAGACGUCUGCUGCCAUGGAUACCGAAUCGACAUACUCGGGAUAUUCCCACUACUCAGGUCACUCCAAAAAAGCCCACAGACAAGGGAGUCGGGACAGGCACAAAUCGCCACGGAGUAAAGAUGGCAGUAGGUCAGAGAAAUCGGUCACCAUCCAGACGCCUCCCGCGGAACCGCUGCUGGGGAAUGAUGCCUCUCGGACAGAAGAGGGUCAGGAUGACAAUUGGGGUGAGACCACAACAGCUAUCACAGGCACCUCAGAGCACAGCAUCUCCCAGGAGGACAUUGCCAGGAUCAGUAAGGAUCUGGAGGACAGUGUUGGCUUGGAUUGCAAACGCUACCUUGGUUUAACAGUGGCUGCUGUCCUUGGACUCCUCGUCUUCCUUACCCCCAUUGCCUUCAUUCUCUUACCCCAGAUCCUGUGGCGGGAUGAACUGGAGCCAUGUGGCACCGUCUGCGAGGGACUGUUCAUCUCUGUGGCUUUUAAACUCCUGAUUCUUCUGAUUGGGACCUGGGCUCUGUUCUUUCGUCAGCCGAAGGCGGAUAUACCAAGAGUGUUCGUGUUCCGGGCCCUCCUGUUGGUCCUUAUAUUCCUGUUUGUUUUUUCCUACUGGCUCUUCUAUGGCGUCCGCAUCUUGGACUCCAAGGACACCAAUUACCAGGGGAUAGUGCAGUAUGCGGUGUCUCUCGUAGAUGCUCUCCUCUUCAUUCACUAUCUAGCCAUUGUGCUGCUGGAGCUGAGGCAACUGCAGCCCAUAUUCACUGUCAAGGUGGUGCGGUCGACAGACGGAGAGUCGCGAUAUUAUAGCUUGGGGCACCUGAGCAUCCAGCGAGCUGCAUUGGUGGUUCUGGAAAACUACUACAGAGAUUUCACCAUCUAUAACCCGAGCUUGCUAAUGGCCUCCAAGUCUCGCGCAGCCAAACACAUGGCUGGCCUGAAAGUCUACAAUGUGGAUGGCCCAGGUAACAAUGCUGCCGGCCAGUCCCGGGCCAUGAUCGCUGCUGCCGCCCGGCGCAGAGACUCCAGUCACAAUGAGCUUUACUAUGAAGAAGCAGACCACGAUCGCAGAGUUAAAAAACGUCGAGCAAGGCUUGUGGUUGCAGUGGAAGAGGCUUUCACUCACAUUAAACGUCUCCAGGCGGAGGAACAGCAGAAAGCUCCAGGUGAAGUGAUGGAUCCCCGUGAGGCAGCCCAGGCAAUUUUCCCAUCCAUGGCGAGGGCUCUGCAGAAAUACCUUCGCACCACCCGGCAGCAGCACUACCACAGCAUGGAGAGCAUCCUGCAGCACCUGUCCUUCUGCAUCACCAACAACAUGACGCCCAAGGCAUUCCUGGAGCGUUACAUCAAUCCAGGCCCAACCCUCCAAUAUGACAGGGAUCGCUGGUUCUCCAAGCAGUGGACGCUCGUCAGUGAAGAAGCAGUCACAAGUGCAUUAAGGGAUGGUGUCGUUUUUGUUCUCAAGUGCUUGGACUUCAGCCUUGUAAUUAAUGUGAAGAAAAUCCCCUUCAUCAAACUCUCGGAAGAGUUCAUAGAUCCCAAAUCUCACAAAUUUGUCCUUCGCUUGCAGUCUGAGACUUCGGUUUAGGGUGCGGGGCGGUGUUCUCUUCUUCUUCUGCUUUUGGGUUUUGUGUCCCCAAUGCUGACUGAAACUGGCAGAUGACAGACCAGUAAUAUUUGACCAUCUGCACUUUAUUUGGAAGGAGGGCCGGGGGUAAUGGGUUGGGAUAUCUAUCUAGAGAGUAAUAUCUUAAAAGCUCACAAGGCAACUUGGUUGAGUUAGCUCAGCCUUUAAGACAAAAUGGUCCUCCUUGUUUUCCAGGCAUAUUGUAGACUGUGUGAACAAACACGGCCUUUAUGUUUCCUUUGGAGCCCUGCCUUGCAGUGCUCAGUAGUGUGUGUACAUCUCCCUUACUCAGGCCUGACCUGGUCUCUGCGUCCUGCACGUGUAGAUUUCUAUGGGGAAGCAGCUUUUUCUCAUGUAUAGAAGUCUGUGUAUGAGGGAGAAUUUGCAGUUCCCCUCUGCUUAGGAAGGAGAGCGUGGUGAGUGGGGAGAGAAUUGAUAGUUGUUUGUAAACCAGGCUGUCUUGUGGUUGAAGAGCCCUUCCCCCUCCAGGGCUGCUCUUCUCCAAUAGCACUGGACCCCUGUGAACCAGGAGGUAGCAGGGGUGGGUUUUGCCAUCUGUUUCCUUCAGUCUCUUCAGUUGCUUGUAUUGCGGAUCAGUGUACGGGCACUGCUCAUUUUGCAGCUGUUUGAAUUAUUACCAGUUGUCUUAAUGAGACGUCAGGGGAUUUGUGCAUGGUGCAACUCUCCCCCUCGGUCCCUUGAUCUCUAAUCCCUGCCCCACUAAUUUGAAUGUCCCAUGCUCGCUCUCCUCUCUGCCCCUCUUGCAGCUUUCUGAAUGUGUUUCUCUAGCAACAGCUCCUGGGGUCAGUUGUGUUAUCACCUCCUCCCCACCCCCCUCUCACUAUGUAUUUGCACAGUUAAAGCCUGGCUGAGUAAACGUUCUCCUAGGAGGUGUGUGGAGUUUACCUAACCCUGACAGCCUGGUCCCAAACAAAGGGAGCAUGCGCAGGAAUGUGGGCAUCAUACUCUAGAAGGGCUUCAAGUGCAUCUCGAAGGAAGGGGGAACACUUAACCCCUGUCCUCACAGGGCCCAGAGAGAGUGUGAGCAGGGGAAGGGCAGACCUUGACUGACACAUGUGGUUGAGUGCCAUAGUUCUUUAAGACAGUAUAUAUAAAUGCACUAUAGUAUGUUCAUCCCACCCAACUCCGCUGUAGCUAAGGGAGACCAAACUGCGUCUGAAUGUUGCAAUUGCUUUUUAAAAAAAAAUCUUGACCGUUUACCCCUGUGUGACUGUUCUCCUAGGUAUUAGUCACCAAGCUAGCCUGGAAUUUGUUUAUUCUUGGGUGAGGGGCACUUAGCUCUCCAGAGAACUUACUUUUUAAGGCUUUUUUUCUGUCAGUGCAGCUCUGUUCUCAAGGUUUUUAAAUAGGUUUGUUUUAAAGCUGGGCCUAAACAGAACCUCUGGAUCUGAACCCUCUCCCUGCACUCUGAAUUCAAGGAAUGUUUGGGUCCAGGUCUCCACUCCAGAGCCAGCUCCUACUUCUCUCAUGAGCUAAACCAAAACCCCAGGUCCAGAUGACCUCCAGACUCUGGGCAAGUUCAGUUCCGGAUCUGGCGGGGGAUUUCCUGGCUUGGGACUAUGUCUAACUUUAUUUUGAUUAAAAGGAAAGUCUGGGGGGAAGUCUCUUACAAUGUGAAUGUCUUUGUUUUGCUUGCCUGUCUUUGUUACAGACAGAUGCUUAACACACUAAGGCAAGAUACUUAAGCAGGUCCCAUUGAAGUUUAUGGGACCAGUUGUGUGUUCAAGCAACUUGCUGAACCAGGGCCUAAAGUGGUGAUUUUCAAGCCAUGGUCUAUCUGUGGUCUGCCAGGCCCUUCCUGCUGGUCCUAGGUAUCUCCUAUGGUAUUUAUAAGGACCCUACCCACUUUGUAUUUAUGCACCAGGAACGAUUACAAAGAAGCCAAAUUGCACAGGUGGUUGGAGGGUGUGGAGGGAGAUGGGUCUAUGGGAGAAUCUCGUCUCACUGCCGCAUGAGACGUUUAUAGAUUUCCCCAGCCCUAAAGCACACCCAGUUCUUUCAGGCAGGCUUUCUGGCAGUCUUUGUUGGUUUUUAACAGUUAUGGUCUUUGCUGUAUAUUAAUUUUAAAAACGCUGUUGGUUUUGUACCCUUUUUUUAAACGAAAGUCACAUAGUGUUGUGCAUGAUGCGUCAUAAAAAAUGAGUUUCUUUAACCUUUGGAUAACAAAUGCAACUGGAGAAGAGACUCCGUCGGGCUGUGGGGCAGGGACUGUGGGGGUAAUUGGAUAAAGCUGUGAUCAGGGUUGAAAUGGCUGUCUGAAUUCAGGGACCCAACCCUGGUUCAGUUGGCUCAGAUGUGUGAAUUUAGAACAAAAGCACCCAGUAUGAAUUUCCUCCUUUCAUGAUUCCUGCUGUACCACCUCAGAACUGGAAGUUGUUUGACAGUCACUUUGCUCAGGAAACACGUCUUUCUGUUUUUAAAUGCAUGUAAGGAUUUAACAUAAAACCAAAUAGAAGCCGAGUGUCUUCACAGCUGCUACAUAACCUACUUGCUGCAGUUCAAAGUGCUAUCAUUUCUGUCUGUCACUGUUAGCAUAAACCUCCUUUAAAUGGAAUGUCCUUAACUUUGUUACUGCUAAUGCCUGAGAGGUCUAAACCCAAAUGAGAGAGAGAAGGUCAUUUACUCUUUACCGUUUACCUUUCUGCACUUUGCUGAGCUUGGAAGGAGAGGUUAGUGAUUGGAGUGGGGCAUUGGGCGCCAGGACUCCUGGGUUCUAUUCCCUGCUUUGCCACGGGAAUCACUGUGAGACCUUAGGAAAGUUACUUCACUUCUCUGGGCCUUCAUCUCCCCAUUUGCAAAAGCGGGGACCAUGAUAUCAUCUACCUCACAGGGAUGUUGUGAGGCUAAACUUAACCUUUGUGAAGUGACUUGAGAUUUGCUAUCGAAGCGCAAACUGUCUUCUAAUAAAGAAUUGAACAGUGAAACUAGACCGGCCUAUUUCACUUGCCGUUUAUAGUCUGUUAGUGGAUGAGAAUCAGAUGUGGGAGACAGCAAGGUAGUGUUAGCAUUUCCAACCCAAUCCCACAGUCCUUGCUUUACGCUCACGUCCAUGGGAAGCACAGUGCAAUGAAGGUUUGCUCUGAAGGGGGCUGUUUCACUCUGACCCUCCUCCCCUUUUCUCCUCUCUUUUAUUGGAAAGCUCUUAAAUGAAUGGAUACCUACUUUAAAGUGUUAAAGAACCCCAGCCUUUGACCAUAAGCCAAGUGACCGAGGAAAUUCCUAUUGAACAAUGUCAGAUGAAGUCCAUGUAAGGCUGAGCCUUUCCCUAAGGAGGUAGGUCUCCUGGUCGCUCAGGGGCAAGCCAUCUCCUUGCUCCCUGCUAUUUCCCCUACUCCCCACUAUGUAGCUUGGACUGCCAAAGACACUAUUUCACGUCUUUGCUCUCAGUCAGCAGCAUGGUGCAAAUCUUAAAGCCUGGAGGGGUCUAGCAGGGCACCUCCCAAGUAGAUGCAAGCAAAGCUGCUGUGAUCAGUUUAAGAUCCAUGGAGAUAGUUGAGGUGACUUUUCUGUAGUAAAGUGGUAUGUGGUGUUUGUAGAGUGGAGUGAAUGGAUAAUGAAAAUGUUAGGGUCCCUGGUCCCUUGUAGGAACGAAGGGGCAGAUGCUUGUCUCCUGGUUCUUGCCAGUCCCAUAACGAGGGCUGUAGCAUGGGGAAAGGCAGUGUAUGAACUGAGCAGCCCACCAGAAACACAGUUGAGGCGCUACUAUUUUCUCACCACGGCAUGGGGGUUCAGCAUGCUGCCCCUCUGCUCUGCAGGGUGGGGAAGGAAUGGAAUUGGAAUGGACCUAAAGCAAGGUGAUUGGUGGUAGCGCUCCCACCCUACGUGGGGCAGAGUGGAGCAGAUAUGGUCCCCAACCAACCCUUGCUGCCAGGGAGCUAGGGUGACUGCUGCCUCCACCAAGUGCGCUCUAUCAAUAGCGGAAGAGGGUGAUAGUGGAAGAAUUGGUGGCUGCUGGUAAUCUCACUCCCCUUGAGGGCAGGGAUGCUUGAGAAUAGAGGCAGCAAGCAGAGCGAAAGGAUGACAUGACACAACUCUUGCAGAGCAGGGUCUGAACUAGCAUACGCCUGACAGCAGCCCCCGUUCCUCCAUAGCAGAGGAAUAACGCAAGUCAUUAGUGUCUUUGGAUGGGGACAGUGGUGAUAAAUGUAAACCAGCUUUCAGUACCUCUGCCCAUGGCUACUCCUAUCCUCUUCCGUCUCCCCCCCCCUCUGCUGGGCUCACUGCCUCUGAUGACCCAUUUGCCAAGAACACCCACUCUCCCUCCUCUGUUGCUCCAGCCUCCACUCCCAUCUGCCUGUUCUCUGUUUCUCAGGCCAAAAGCCUGGUGAGGAACUAGUAGCAGCCGAGAUGGAUGUCAUCAGGAGCACAGGCUGGAACUCAUGAUAAGGCAGGGCUCUUGGGUGGAUCCCAUCCUAAUCCCAAUCUUGCCUCCCAGCUACAGGAAACACUUCCAUUCCCCCACCCCAUCCCAUCCCAUCCCAUCCCAUCCCAUCCCACCCCUCCCCUGCCACCAUGGACUCCACCAAAAAUCUUAGAAAAUCACACCACUACCAGUUUCUUAAAAACUGGCAAUUCCAUUUAGCCCCGUGGACUGCUUUAAAGUCUUGUUGGCAUAAAUUUAUUUAAACAGUAAUGAUAAAGAAGCCUGAAAGAUCACAAAUUUGUUUGUCCCACUUCACAGGAAGAUUUAUUCAAGUCAAUUAAGCUAAAAUAGCUAUCACAUUAAAAAAGCCUGCAAAUCUGUCCUCCCCUCUUAAAAAAUAUAAAUAAAACUGACUUUGGGUCUUUGGGGAGAACUGUAUUCUGGCUCCAGACUUUAUCUUCAAAAUGUCCUUAAGUUUUCAGUCUGCCACGCAAUCAACAUUUAGACGAAUAGGAAAUGAAUGUGCAGAUAUCUGUUGUUUUCACAUUCAGCUUGUAUUUGUACGUGCUGUCUCUUUGUAGGUGUGUGCAUUAUUCCUGUCUAAUGCCUAAAGCCAGGGGUGGUUGUUCAGUAAUGCCCAUUAGGACUGUAUGGAGAACGAAGCACUCUUGGGACUGAGUCAUAAAAUUACUUCUGUCGGGGGGCUGUGUGGCUGCAGGUGGGCAAUGGGAUGGAUACACAGCUCCUUUCGCCUGCCGUUGGCUGGCUCCGACUCCAUUAAAGAUGAUGACCAAAAGUUACCGUCUGACAGGUGGUCAGUAACCUGUGCAACUUCCGUGUUGAUCUGUUUGGUUCCUCUUGGGCUAGGUCUCCACAGCACCAUGACUGCCACGAGCAUGGCCUCUCCGAGAAAGGGGCCAGUUAAUAGAGACAGAAUUUUCACCCCACAUGGCAGGGCAGUGUGUAGGGGAAGCGUUGUGCCUCUGCCACCCAUGCCUGUCCUGUGCAUAGAGAGUACUGAAUUCUCUAGGACUGUUGAUCUGGCACCUUUCACCAGCACUAACUAAUUCACUUGGGAGCCACAUACACACGUGUGUUCAUUUUGCUGUGGUUCGCUGCCUGCACGGAGAUCUAUCUGUGAAGGAUUCUUACACUCCUCUGUGCCUGUAUCUUGUAAUGAAUAAACGUUAUUGUGUACUAGGGGCCAGGAUCUCCUGGCUUCCACACAACUCUUCUGAUCACUGUGUAAUGUACAGCCUGCUACUUUUUUCUACACAAACUGCAUAUAGUACGGUGGGUUCUGCUGAGGUUUUCUAAUGAAUAGACACUAACCAGCCUCUUGCUGCACAUGUGGCUUUAACUGCAGUGAUAUGUGGUCUGAACUAAAUUCUGAAAUCUGUUUUUGUUUCCCCUCCCCCGCCAGUUGUGAACUUGAGUAGCAAACUCCUGGUGUCUGUGAUGUUCAUGCACUGUGUGUCUAGCAGAGUGAAUUGUUCUGUUCCAAGCUGGGUUCUCUUAAGUUAUAGCUUGAUGGUUUUGUUUUUGAACUGAAACAUGAAACCAUUUUACACUUUGCAUAUUUUGUACAGUAAAAUUCUGAAAAUAAACGGAAACCAGAAAUUCUGUGCUCCUA